UGCAAAGCUUUCUGAAAAGGAAGGCAUCCACAUUCGGAAUCGAUAGUGGUGAUAUCGGUGGAGAAUCUUCAAGUGCAAAUGCCUAUCAUGAUAUUCCUCAAUCUAGCUCUACUCAAUUGGUAUCAAUGGAAGUUGAUAAUCUUUUGGUAUCUAUGGAAGUUCAUUUGAAUGAUCUUCCUUGGGAUCCAUCCGAAAGAAAAAGAAUUUCGGAGUAUCACCCAAAUCUAAGAGAUGAAAUAAGGCGAAAGUAUUUGAUUAGAGGACCUUGUCAACCACGUAACCAUGAUUUUCCCAGAAAAAUGAUAGGGAAGAACGCAAGACGUUUUUGUCCAACUUGGUAUGAUCGAUAUGGUAAUUGGUUAGAGUAUAGUGUGAAAGCGGAUAAAGCCUUUUGCUUGUGUUGUUACUUAUUUAGAGAUCAAUUUGGAAAACAAGGUGGGACUGACGCUUUUGUAACUGAAGGCUUUAAUAGUUGGAAUAAAACGGAAAGACUUGGUCUUCAUGUGGGUAACUUUAAUAGUUUCCACAAUAGAGCACUUAAGAAAUGUGAGGAUCUAAUGAGACCAGAUCGAUCUAUUGUCGCUGUCUUUCAUAGGCAAAGCAAUAUUGUGAACAAUGAAUAUCGAGUGCGAUUAAAUGCUUCAGUUGAUGCCGCUAGAUAUUUGUUGAAUGAUGACCUAGCAAACACUCUAAGAGAUGGUCUAAUGGUGGUUCCAAGUAUUCAAAAGGAUAUUGUAUGUUGCUUUGCACAAGAAGUACUAAAACCUGUUUUAGAAGAAAUUGGUGAUGAUGUGUUUGCGUUAUUAGUUGAUGAAUCUCAUGACAUAUCUAGAAAGGAGCAAAUGGUUGUUGUCUUGCGGUAUGUUACAUCAGGAAUUGUUAAGGAAAGAUUUGUUGGUCUUCUUCAUGUUAUGGGGACAAAUGCUUUAUCUCUUAAAUCCGCGAUUGAAUCGUUAUUUUUUGAAUAUGGAUUGAGUUUGAAAAAGGUUAGAGGUCAAAGUUAUGAUGGAGUAAUGAAUGUGUGCGGUGAGUUCAAUGGUUUGAAAGCUUUGAUCUUGAGAGAAAAUAGUGCAGCAUAUUAUGUUCAUUGUUUUGCUCACCAGCUUCAGUUGGUUGUUUUGGCAGUUGCAAAAACACAUCUUGGUGUUGGAAACUUCUUUGAUAUGAUGGAUGUUGUGAUGAAUGUGGUUUGUUCUUCAUGCAAACAAAUAGAUGAUAUUCGAGAAAGUCAAAAAGAGAAAGUGAAUGAAGCCAUGGGUAGUGGUGAAAUUGAAGGUGGAAGUGGGUUAAAUCAAGAGCGUUCUCUUGUAAGACUUGGAGAUGCACGAUUGGGUUCUUAUUACAAAACACUUUUGUCUUUGGUUGAUUUCUUUCCAUCGAUUGUUGACGUGCUUGAAUAUGUUGAGGAGGCAGGCGAUAAUACAAUUAGUCAACGUCAAGCAAAUGCUCUUCAAAUAUAUUUCAAAUCAUUUGAUUUUGUGUUUUACUUGCACUUGAUGUUGCACAUUUUGGAGGUCACAGAUUUAUUGUCACAAGCUCUUCAAAGAAAGGAUGAAAAUAUCUUGAAUGUUAUUUCAUUGGUGAAAUCAACAAAGCAACAAUUGCAAAAGCUCAGAGUUGAUGGAUUUUGUUCACUUUUGAAGAAGCUCUCUUCUUUUUGUGAAAAACAUGAUAUUGAAAUGUUGAACAUGGAAGAAGCUUAUGUUAAUCCAAGACACCGUAGACAAAAGACCAAUAUCAGUAAUGGGCAUUAUUAUGAGUUUGAUUGUUUUAAUACAAUUGUAGAUAUUCUAAUUCAAGAGUUUGAUGACAGAUUUAAUGAGGUAAGUUUUGAAUUGCUCACUUGUAUGGCAGCUUUGAAUCCACAUAAUUCAUUUUGUGCUUUUGACCCAUCAAAGUUACUGAGGUUGACUGAGUUCUAUAAGGAUGAUUUUAGUCGUCUGGAAAUCAUGACUUUUGAGCAUGAGCUUAACCUCUACAUUCACAAUGUGCAACAAGAUGGAAGAUUUGCAAACCUGAAAGGUAUAUCCGAACUUGCUAGAAUGAUGGUGGAAACAAGGAAACAUCUUUCAUUUACUUUGAUUUAUCGAUUAUUGAAGCUAGCAUUGGUCUUGCCUGUUGCAACUCCAACAAUUGAUAGAUGCUUUUACUCAAUGAAGCUCGUGAAAUCAGAUAUGUGCAAUCGAAUUGGUGAUGAUUUUUUGAACGACUGUGGGAUUUGUGCUGUACAAAAAGAACAACUUGCCAAGGUUACAGAUGAAGAUGUAAUGGACCGCUAUCAAAAGAUGAAAAUUCGUUGAGAACAGCUGUAGAACGUAAGUUGCUUCUCAUUUUUGAUGACAUUGCAGUUUUCUAUCUGACCGUCAUUUUUGUUAAAUACACUGACUUGUACGUAUUACCUAGUUUAGCAUAUUAACUAUAAAUGAGAAUCUAGUGUACUUCAACUAAUACUUCAGUUAUCAUAAUGAUAUAUAUAGAGAGACAGGUAGGUUCAUACGAGAAUGAUACCUAUUUAAGAAAAUAA